AUGUCCUCAAUUUACGAGUACGCAGCCAUCACGGCGCCGCGGACAAUCCGCCUGAUGCACGUCUACCUAGGCGACGAAUCUGAUCCUAUCAACCUGUCCAUCGUUGUGACGACGCUCGAUGCUGUCCCGGAUUUCGAGGCUAUCUCGUACUGCUGGGGCGAUGCACAGGACCGCUGCCAAGUUACUUGCGACGGUGCCACGCUCUUCAUUACCAACAGCCUCGUCACGGCGCUCGUUCACUUCUGGCUAUCCGACCGGCCGCGCGUUCUGUGGGCCGACGCCAUCUGCAUCAACCAGGGCAGCGUGAUAGAGAAGAACUGCCAGGUGUUGCUCAUGCCAAACAUCUACGCGCAGGCAACGCGGACGCUUGUCUGGCUUGGUGUGGCCAAUGACCCCGUGUACGGGUACGUCUCGCCAACUGUAGCGACCUCGAUCCGCGAGGCCCUCGAACUGGACGGCAGCUUUGAACAGUCCAAGAACGGGUUCAUAGUUAUAUACGACUAG